UUGGCGCGAAAAUUACCUCGACAAAAUUAGGGUUUAUGAAAAUCUCAACAGCUCUGAGGAAAUUUCAUUGAUCAGAGAUGGUGAAUUCAGCGGAGCAGAUCGAUGAAAUCAAAGCCCUUUUAGUAUCAGAAAGCAAGGCAUUGGCUUACUCCAAGCUACUGCACUUGCAAGAAGUCUCGGCCGUCGAUUCGUCUGCCGUUGGGACACUCGUCGGUUUGUCUCGCGCCAUCAUUACCUCUGCCGUUUGUGAUAUCUCUGAUAGCGAUGAAGAAAUUGCUGCUCAGGCGUUGAAGUGCUUGGGUUUCAUGAUUUACCACCCUGAUAUUGUAGCUUCAGUUGGAGGUGAUGAUGUCGAAUUAAUAAUUGCGGCACUGCUAAAGGUCAUUACAGAAACUAAAACCAAGUCUGUUUGCAAUUUAGGGGUGUGGUGUAUAUCAAUCCAACAGUUCAGUCCUUCAUUGUUGGAUAAACAUUUUGAGUCUUUGAUACUGGCAGUUAACCAUGCCCUUGAUAACCCAUUUGGAUCACUUUCAGUGACAUUUGAGGCGAUGCAGGCCGUGGUGAAGUUGGCUAGUUCAUUAACUGAGAACAUGAGAAAUAUGUCUAGCGUGUGGCUUCCACCAAUUUACAGAAGGCUAGUCAGUGUCAAUAAAAGGGACAGAGAUAUGUCAGAGAGAUGUUUGCUGAAGAUUAUGCAUUUAAUAUGUCCUCCACCAACUACUCUCUCCAAGGCAGUUGCCGUGGACAUGAAAAAGAAAUUACUCUUAGCUAUGAAGGGGCUAUUGGAUCAAGGGAUGAAGAUUGAAAGUUUGCGAGCAUGGGGGUGGUUUAUUCGCCUGCUUGGAACAUAUGCAAUGAAAAACAAGCACUUGAUAAAUGAAAUGCUAAAAAAUCUGGAGCAGACAUUCUCUGAGUUUGACCCCCAAGUUCAAAUUGCCUCAUUGGUAGCCUGGGAAGGCCUUAUUGAUGCUACAGUUGAUCCUGGAGUUCAAUUGUUUGGGCUGUCCGAGAGUACCACCACUUGCAAUGAAGCUGGCAAAAACUUGAAAAGAAUUAAGCUUAUAAUGGCACCUCUUGUAGGAAUAAUCUCAAGUAAAUGUGAUGUGUCUGUCCAUAUAUCAUGCAUAAGCACAUGGUCUUAUUUACUACAUAAGCUUGGAUCGUGUGUUAGCUGUCCGUUAGUGAUCAGUAUGGUUUGGCAGCCCAUUAUCAAAGCAGUCUUUCAAGUUGGAUUUGAUAAUAAGAACAUCUGGUUAUGGAAUUUUUGUUUGGAUCUCUUCAAUAAUCUUAUAUUAGAGAGAAAUCAAGGAGCUGUUAGAAAGUUGCUUCACCAGGAAAUAAAUCAAUUAUCCUUUGAAAAUACUAUAGAUGGUAAUCUGGCAUCUAGGAAGCACACAUUGAAGAGUCAUGAGAUAAGCUAUUCUUCUUGGAACCUACGUCAGCUGGACUUCUUCUUGAGCAUGAUAUCUCUUCUUGUAAAAAAGUCAAAUACAUCUGUUGCACCUGAAUUUAGGAAAUUGGCAAAUGAAGCUGCACUAAGGCUAUUUGGAUCUCUUAUGGAAACAGUUCAAAGAACUCUUCAGCAUGAUAAUAUUACUUAUGAUGAUAUUAUGCAAUGUCUGAAUGCUAUAUUUGGGUUCUUGGGGAGCACAUGCGAGAAUAUGGCUUCAGAAGAUCAUACCUACUAUUAUAAUCUUCACAUAAGCCUUGAGUUUCUGAAAGUGGCAACAGAGGCACUAUCAACCUCCAUUCUGGGAUCUCCUCUCUAUAAAGUGGGCUUUGAGAUUAAGAACAUUAAAACUGUAGAAUAUGCUGCUGAAAUUAGAUGCCCAACAGUAUCAGAUACCGAUUGUGUCGAGAACUUUGAUGGCAGGGUUCUUCCUGUAGUGCAUUUGUGUGCUCUCUAUUUCUCUGUAGUUUUAAAGUCAUCUUCGAGGAUACAUGAAUAUGAAUCUCAAUUGCAGCAGAUGCAAGGGUAUUUGAAGUUUGUAUUAUCUUCAUACAAUCCUCAGGAUGUUCUUCAUGCUUUUUUGUGUUCUCUGUACGAGAAUACGGUCCCUGAUAGCAUACAGAUGUGGAUAGUUAUGGUUAACUGUCUUCAGGAAUGCUUCAGUGCAAUAAAUGAUCAAUCGAUACUAUUGAUGGAGGCAAGUAAUGCUUAUUACCAUCUUGUAUUGCGUCUCCUGUUAUAUCCAUUCGCUUCAUGGCCAUUAUGUCAGACCAAACUUGAGCUUCAGAUUGUUGCUGAAGCAUGGAAUCUGCUUUAUGUAUCUGUUGAUCAAGUGCUACAAUCUGUUCAUUGCCCAGUCAAGAGCUUCCCGGAGGAUCUUUGUGCAUCACUGAACAGAUGCAUUGAUCAAUUUCUCACAACAGCUGAUACUCUAGCUGAGCUGCAGCUUACAAAGAAAAUGUAUUAUGGCAGAUUCGCUCUACUCUGUGGAAAUGCCAUUAUAUGCAUCCUGAAACAACUUCCGAGGCGGAUAAGCUCUAAUGGAAUGCCUUACAUUGAUUUUUCUGGCCAAAAAUCCCGAAUCACCAACAGCUUGGAGUUAGCAGCUCGGUUUAUGAAGCUGUUCUGGGAGAAUAAGGAAAUAACUGAAGGAUCUCAUCUCUCAAUGGCAUCUAGAUUUUUAUCAGCAUCAGUCAACUUUGUUGAAUGCCUUCACCAGAAGGAAGAUGUUCUUAUGUUGGUUGAGAGUACAUCAACACCAUUGCUUUCAUGGCUAUCAGAAAUGCAACUUCUUGAUGAGAAUGCAAACCAUCAGCUUCACUUACUAUGGGAUCAAAUGCUUAAAGCUUUGCAGAGAAGUGAGCCAUCCCCUAACUUCGAUUCCUCAUUUCUCGGCCUCUUACAGCCUCUGCUCGAAGCCACUCUCGACCACCCAAAUCCGAGCAUUUCUGAGAUGACUGUAAAAUUCUGGAAUUCAACCUUUGGGUCGACACACCAUAAGUUAGACUUUUCUGAGAAGCUACUUCCAUUGCUGGACAAGCUAUACAGAAAUGGUAAAAUAAAAAUCUGCAACCGAAACCACUCUACAGCGGACACCUUAAUCAGCUCCCGGUACAACAUUACCUCUCUAAGGAAGUGCUCAAAAAGAGUGGAAAUCAUCGACAAUCCUUUGAGCAGACACAAUAAGUCGAGCAAGGUGAGUUUGAGUGCAAAAAGAAAAUGCCCGGAACUUACGGAACACCAGAAAGAAGUGAGACGAGCGCAGCAAGGAAGAACAAGGGAUUGCAACGGGCGGGGACCAGGAAUACGGACCUACACGAGCGCCGAUUUCUCCCAAGACAACGAAGAAUCGCAAGACAGCCCACAUUAUGUUAGGAUAUGCUGAUUGUCUCGGUAAGUUUGCUGACCGUUGAGCUACAUUGGCUUUUCGAUUCUUCUUCGGCUGAGAUUGCAGAAGUGGAGUUAUGUUUGGGCUGCGGGGAUUGUCGAAUUGCAGCAGCCGAUGCGUCGGUUUUCGAUUCGAACCGGAGGUGUGAAAACUGUUGCUAACAAUGGCACAGUUGUAGUUGGAGAAGUAUGCAUUGAGCAAAAUUUGUAAAGGCGGGAGUUGGUUGUGUUUUUGGUUUCUUUGAGGAUGUCUUUAGCAUAUUUAAUAAGUACUUAUUACUACAGUUUUGAAUGUAAUAUUUUAAAUUAAAAAUAUUUUAUUGAAUGGAGAUAAAUGUAUUUUUAUUUUCUAUG